AUCGUACAUUAUCAGAAUAAACUUGGAAAGGCACAUAGCUAGAGAGAAAUUAAUCUGAGAGAAGCACAUUCCAUGGCCACCACCGUCAUGAGCUCACUUAGCCUGAAACCGGUGCCGUUCUCCGUCGAGAAGUCCGCCGUCAGAGGGCUGCCGCCGCUGGCCAGAACCACCCGCUUCCGGGUUGUUGCCAGCGGUGUCAAGAAAAUUAAGACCGAUAAACCCUAUGGAAUUAAUGGAGGUAUGGCCUUGAGGGAUGGUCUCGAUGCCUCUGGCAGGAAGCCCAAGGGAAAGGGUGUUUACCAAUUUGUCGACAAAUAUGGUGCUAACGUUGAUGGAUACAGUCCCAUCUACAAUGAAGAUGAGUGGUCUCCAAGUGGUGAUGUUUAUGUUGGAGGUAAAACUGGAUUAGCCAUAUGGGCUGCUACUCUUGCUGGUCUUCUUGCUGGAGGUGCACUUCUUGUUUACAACACAAGUGCUUUGUCACAGUAAUAAAUUUGUAAGCUUUUUUUAUGGGAUAAAACUUGUAUCAAACCAUAUAUUUUGUGGAUACUCUUAUCUGCAUUUGUAUAAUCUAAGUUACUUUUAGUACCCUGGAAUUGAACUAUUUGUACAAGAUAAUUUCUAUUUCUGUUAUUCUCUAGUCUCUACUGUCCCAGUUUUUAUUUGUUGUUUAUUUAUUAUUAUUAUUAUUAU